UGACGCAUUUCGACGCCCCCUACACAGAUUUCGGGGAAUGGUGCGUUUAUCACAAGCAAAACGGGCAUCCAAAGGAUAGGCAUCGCGAACGAGGCAGCGGAAUACGUGGAUUGUGCAAAUAGGGAACGGUGGUGUAGUAUCUAAAACAUCAAAAUUGAAUAGUAGCGGUUAGAGUGCGCGGAGCAAUUGUUUAUUGGCGAGCUUUUGCUGACUUUGCGUUGCGAAACCGACGAUCUUCGAGAAGCCGUUCUUCCGACGGUUACGGUGGAUCAAAUCUCGUUCUCGUCUCCAUUCCAGUGUACCGUCCUUAUCGUGAAAAAAAACGAUUCCGAGUGUGUUUUGCUCGGUAUCAUUGUGGGGAGUGUGUGCAUGCGUGUGUACGUGUUUACUACGGUGCCUCCAGUGUGUAUGGUAGCGUAACGGUGAUAAUCGGAGCAACAGCUAACUGAACCCCACACACAACAACGGUGAUUAUCAUCGAGCAGCGGAAGGAAAGUCAGUUCCGUUCAGUUUGUGUGCCCCACCUUACGGCUGGUGCACCGCAGCAGCAGCAGCACACCCAGCAUCUGUGUUAAUUAUUGUUUCAACGAUAUCAACAACGAUCAAUCAGCGACAGUAUUAUUUUUGUUGUGCAAGUACAUAAGUUUAUCGAUAGUGUUUAGUGUUAAGAACGUUGUAGCAAAAGAUUUCCCGUGUUUGCUGUCGCAUAUUAUUAUUUCGUACGGAAUCGCUUCCCCAAGUGUGAUCGAUCGGUUGUGAACUAAUCAAACGGCCUAGCGAGAGCGUGUAGAACGAACGAAACGACGGCCGUCUUGACGCCCUGCCACUACUGCUUGUGCCUCGGUCAUGGAUCCGUUAGAGCAGUCGCGGGUUUUCCUGGAUCGCUUCAAAACAAACGUGAAUCCAGCCGACCCACUUCCCGUCUGGGUGCCGAUUUACAACCUGAAAUACGACGAAAUUGAGCCCGCCAUCAUCGAUUGGAUCCGGACGUAUUUGGACCAGUUCGGAUGCCCCCAGUGCAUCUUGACGCCAAUCAUACGCAAAGUUGUGGAAGAAGUGUUGAGCACUUGCAAAGAAAAUCCCAAAUCUUGCGGCUUCACUGGUCAGGAGUAUAAAACGCUUCAGCUGACCCAAGAAGUGAUUGCACGCGUAAACCAAGUCUGCACCGAACUGUUCGACAAUGAGAAGCUUAACAAUUUGCUCGCUCAGCUGGCCGAAGAUCGCAAUAGCGUGGGGGCGGAGGAUCAGCCCGAUUCGGCGGCUCCCGGGAUCAGUACUGUUGGACGAAAGCUUCAUUUUUCGCGCGGGCUGAAGCAUAAGCGACGCUCGAUGGAGGAUCGCCACGUUUGCUUGCCCGACUUCAACAAACUGUUUUGCACGAAGGACACUGAGCCGACCGCUUUUUACGGUGUGUACGAUGGGCACGGUGGACAGGAAGCGGCCAGCUUUGCUGCGUCCCAUCUUCACUAUUACGUGGCGCAGAGCGAACACUACCCGCACGAUAUGGAGCAAGCGUUCCGGGACGCGUUUCAAAAGACUGAUCAAUUGUUUCUGGAGAAGUGUGAGAACCACCAUCUCAACAGUGGUUCUACGGCCGUUGCCUGUGUGCAUCACAUACGUUCGCGGCGCGUUGAUUUAGCCUGGGCUGGUGAUUCUCAAGCGAUACUGGUGAAACGUAAUUUUGGGGAAGGACUUUUCAAAUGUUUGGUUCAUCCUACCCACGUUGCAUCCGAUCCGGACGAACGCAAUCGAAUUCAUGCAGAAGGCGGAUUCGUUAUACCUUGGAACGGUCAGUUUCGAGUCGGUGGCCAGCUGGCAAUUACUCGAGCGAUUGGAAACCGAUUCUACAAACCAUUCGUUACGGCAAAUCCAGCUGUUUCGUUGAACCAAUGUACGGACGACGAUCUUCUACUCAUACUAGCUAGCGAUGGUUUAUGGGAAGGAUAUAACGAAUACUACACGUCCAUGUUUGUACUGUACGCUAUUCGAAAGUUUCCAGAUGAUCCACAGAAGGUAACGGAUUAUUUAAUAACAUUUGCUAAGGAGAAAACGCGAGACAAUAUCACGGUAAUAAUAGUGUUCCUGAAGGAUCCACAUACCAUCAUCAAGGAAACUCCUUUUAUCGAAGAAAUAGAGGCUCGGGCAAGACUACGAUCCGCCCAAAACAUGGAGAUCAACGGAGCCGCCAGUAAUGGCUAUCUGGGAGAGAACAACUCAAUGGCCAUGGAAGAUCAUAAAACGUUCGACAUACAGAACUUCAUGGCGGAAAGUGCUAUGCUGGAACCAAAGUCUGCCGCCACGCUAUGCGUCGGUCCGAUGGAUGAUAUGGGCUUUCUGUCGGAUGGUGGCCUCGGACCGGAGACGGACGUUGACGGAGUGCACGACAGCAAACAGCAAUCACCUAGUCCACUGUUAGAGGAGCCAGUCAAGCAUUCGGAGCUCAAUAAUGGUGACAUCGAACAUGAGAUCGUAGAAAGUGUAGAACAGCAUACGAUGGACCACCACAAUCCGUUCGCGCAAUCGUUAAAUGCACCGCUCGAUCUACCCAGCAAUAAUGUGGCCGCCGUACCGGGCACUAACGAGUUUGAGGAGGAAGAUCCCACAUCACCAUCGAGCGUUAGUGCGGCCGAUCCGGUUGAUCUACUGUCCGACGAGCAGCAACUGGUCGAUGCAGUUCCGCACGUGAACGGUAACGGUGAGCAUCAUUACGAUGAGCCGAAUGAAACCGAAGACGAGGAGCUGCAGGGUGCAAUAAUGGAUAACGAGGGUGCAGAAAUCGUACCCACCUUGAAGGCAGAACUGAAUGCAGAUGAAAUAGUUCCUCUUAAAUCGAUUGACGAACCGAUCGUUAAUGAUCUGCUGGGCGGUGAUUCAAUUGUCGAUAACAAACUGAUCGACCAGCUCGAUUCGUUCGGAAUUCCGGAGGCGAUUCGACGACAGCUGAUCGAGCAGCAGGUUAGCGGGGCAGCAAUGCUGCACGAACAGGACGAAGAUGACGACGAUGGUCAGCUCAUAGCGGAGGAGAAGCAUUCUGAGUUCGAUGGUACGGAUGAUGGCGCUGAGAAGGAGGAUUUGCAUCAUGAAAAAGUUUUCGACAGUGAUUAUGCUACUGAUCAUCAUAGUGCAGACGUCAAACAGGAUGAUGAUGCCGGUUGCUGCGAAGAUUCAGAAGAAGACGAAUGGGACUACGUGAAGGUGAACAACCAACAGCAGCAGGAGGAACAGCAAGAAUCGCAGCCAGCGCCUGAAAAGCAGCCGGAUAGCACACCCUCGGAAGACAUUACGCAUACGGUUGAGCACAGCAGCAACAGUUUCGCACCCGACGACCAGCCAGCGCAGGAGAGCGGCGACGCACAGCAGCGGGUGCCAGAACUAGAACAACAGUUCGACCAACGGGAGGAGCAGUACGAGCAGGAAGUGUUGGUGGAACAAGCGCUCCCGUCACGCGACGACCAGGAAGAUCGUGAAGAAGACGAGCAGGAAGAACAGGAGCUGGUGGAACAUCACGACGAAACGAAGGCGGCUGUGCCGAAUACCAGUGAAUUGGUGGUGGCGGCGGAUAUUCUUGGCGACAACACGGAAUCGACCGUGUCGGAGUGUACGAAAGAAGUUGAUGAUGUCAUCAGUGGUGCUGAAACCAAGGAAGUUGUCAAUUUGCUGAACGACGAAUUCAGAGAGGACGUUCCACCGCCAACUACGACGGACGCAUUGUUUGAAACCAAUUGCAUAAACGAAGAGAACACCGAAUCGACACCCUUCGUGCCCAGUGAUAGUGUAAACAUGGAGGCUAGCAUGUACGGUGGAUCAAUUCCCGAGCAACCUCUCUCGCCGGAGACGCCUGUAUCGCCGGUGGAUAACUUCCCGUUGCAACAGCAGCAACAGCCUCUGCAGCAAUAUUCCGACGAAAAGGAUAUGUUCGGUGCGAGCAUGGACGACACUAUGAGUCCGACUGGCGAGGGAGAAGAAUUGGACGAAAAGCAUCUGUACGAAACCGAGGAAAAGUCGAUGAAUUUCCAACAUCACCAGGAGGAAAGCAGCGCUGGAGCUGCCGGCGACUGCGGUUGGCAGCUGAAUCCGGACGCGAAGGAAUUUGUGCCGGUAACUGGAUCGGCGGCGGCUGGUGGUGAGAUGAAUGCAAAACUGCACGAAAACAUCAAGCUCCGCGAUGAUGCAAUCGUGGCACAAAGCCCUCGCAAGGGUACAAUGUCGUCGAUGGAGGAUCUCGACGUUCCGGCCGAAACCGUGUUCCAGACGGAAAUGGAUAAGAGACCGCACGAGUUUGAGGCAUACGAGGGAGAUAAUGGAGGUGAAAACGUUGUGGGCGAUGACAGUGCCGGUGACCAUCGCUUGCGAUCCCCCAUGGCAGUACAUCCGUUCGAUCUGAGCCAAUUCAGCGAGCAAACUGUAGUGGAGCAACAGCUGCAAGAUUCGAAUGUUACCGCCGACAUGACCAACGGUGACUACGUGUCUUCAGACAGUGCGGGCGAUUUGUUACAGACCGCCAACACAAACGGCGGACUGUACGGAACGGAUGAAAUGGAAUUGCUUAAUAAGGUGCAGGAACUACCGACCGACGAAGAGGCAACAAUCGAGGCGGCUUCUCACGCCGAACCAACCAAUAACUUUGCUGAGUUCGAUCCUGUAAUUGACACAGCUGGUAGCGCCAAGGAGGAACUGUACGUGGAGCAAAAGGAAACGGUGGAUGUUUCUCCCACAACCUCGGAGCUUAUUGCGGAUACGAUGGAUCUUAUGUCUGGCGAAGAAAUGCAUCUGGAAGGAUACUCAAACCAGCUUCCAUCGGAUCAAAUUCCGAAAAGCAUGGUUUCGGACAUAUCGCAGAGCCCAGAAUUUAAGAUGUUGCAAUCGUCGAUUGAGCAGUUUACUUCGGGCAAAACUGACGAAGUUAGUUUCGACGGCCAGCAGGUGGAGGCAACCAACUUACAGAAAGAAUCAUCUGCAAUGGAAGCAUCCGUUUACGAUCCGGAACCGGAGCUCAUUUCUACCCAGGAUCCACCCGUCCAGCAGCUGACAAGCAACGAACAAAUGCUUCAGGCAUCGCAAGGUUUUGCUGAUCUGAUGGGUGCGUCGGUGCCGGUUAGCGAACCACAGGAACCAUUAUCUCAGGAAAAACCACUUGCCGAAAUUGCCGAAAAACAGCAAAGUGAUGAGAAGCCGGUCGAGGAAUCUAAGGUAGCGGAAGUAGAAACAGCAUCGAAUGAUGCCACUGCCGUAGCAGCCGCUGCCACGGUGGCAGUAGCAGCAGCAGCAGCAGCAACUACAGCAGCAGUUACUGCAGCCAGCAAGCCCAGUAAGCCAAAGGCAUCGACAACGGCUCCUACGGCAAAGAAACCCGCAUCCAGUGUAUCGGCAAAACCUUCCUCUGCCGCGUCCAAAGACACUACCAAGAGCGCUGCUCCUCGUGUCGGUAGCAGCAGUACAACUGGUGCGGCACGCAAACCACCAGUAGCUGCUGACGCUAAGAAAGCACCGAUUGCCGCAAAAACGAGUGCAGCUAUGAAUGGCGUGAAGGAACGGCCUGCCAGUGCUACAUCCACGAAACCAUCGUUGGCAGCAAAGAAACCGACCACAGAUGCAGCAAAGACUGCCACAUCUAAGACUACUUCCGCGCCUUCAUCAGUAGCGGCUGCCCGAACAAAGGUGGCUUCUACCUCUGCAUCUAGCACAACGAAAUCGGCCAGUGCAAGUUCAGCUAACAGAACUGCCGUCUCCAAGUCAGUUACUUCAAGCACCACCUCCAGUGCCGCUGCAGCAGGCAAAACAAGCUCGUCCCGGCUAUCGACCACCACUACAACGACGCGCACAGUCACCUCGCGACCCUCGAGCGCCGUAUCGAGUGCCUCAGUUCCUUCGAAAACAUCCACUACCACAACGACCGCUGCAAAGAGAACCGUCGCCGCAAAGAGUUCACUAACCAACGGAACCACGACUGAUGGAGCGUCCGCUACCAAGUCCACCAGGACGACCACCACCACCAGCAGCACAGUUCCACGCACGGCAGGAGCUACCAGAACAACGACCGCAAAAACGACUUCCGCCAGCACAGCGGCAGCUGCCAAGAAACCGCUGGACGUUAAAACUACCGCGCAGAAGGCAUCGCUAACGGCCACCGGUAAAACGACAGCUACGCGCACCUCACUGGCUCCCAAAACCACUGCGACCUCACCGUCCGUUCGGAAAUUGCAACCGAACGGAGUGGCAGCAACAGCGGCAAAGAAACCGGCCGUUUCGCCAGUGGGUAUAAAGAAACCGGCAACGACAGCCACGAAGUCACAGCCGGCAAAGGCGGUGGCCCCCGCCGAAACGACGACAACAACGACGGCGAUCGCCGAAACGAACGGUACGGUCAACAAUGAUACGGUGGACGUGGUACUAGCCGCUUCCUCGCCACCGGAACAGCAGCCCGCUGACCAAUUGCUCGUGCCGCAAGCAAUGUGAUGUCACUAAAGCGCAGAAUCGGGGCUCGCUUUUUCCGGGUUGAGACCGAACAGUGUGUUACUCUACGAUGGUCCUAAACAAACCAUAACACAGCAUAUUCCUAUUGGUGUUUAAUCGUGUUACAGUUUUUAGCGAUGGACACGUUUUAAACCGCAAAUUGCAAAAACGAAUAGAAAUCAAUCUCUCUCGCUGGUAUGUUUCAUACUACCGUCACCAAAAAAAAAGGAAAACAGUUAAGAACAAAAUGCAAUUCUUUCGCAAAUUUCGAGCAUAAGAAACAAAACAAAACCCCUGCGCUGAGCCUCAUCAGAGCGACGAACAGGCUCACAGUGAAGCGUGUGGUCAGUUUUCAGUUUUUGAAUAAUCAUUCAGAUGCAAGUUCAUCAACAAAUGCAAGCGUAAUCAAUAUCAUCCUAUCUAACCAAUUUGACCAUUAUGCCUAGCACUUUCGAAUCCACAACCACUCUAGUAAUUAUUGGCAUUGUGACUGGUUUUGGAAAGCAGCAGCUGGUGUGGUAGAAACAUAGUGUAGGCCAGUGACGAAAGAAGGAAAACGAAACAACAGCAUCAAAAAUCGCCACAAUAAGAAACGAUGCAAGAGCGCAAGGAAAGAUAAGAUUUAAAACGAACAAAAAAAGCAAGAAGCAGAACACGGAUACAACACACACACACACACACAUCUCCGAACUUCCUUUCGAUUUAAUUAUUUAGCCACCACACUACUACUGGAUUAGCGAAUAGGUGUGUGUAUCUUUUGUUUUAUGCCAAGCAUGAUGAUUAGUAGGUUUAUACGUACAUAUUACACAUAUUAUAUAUUAUACGUUUCCAAAUUCUUGUACGCCGCCGUUGCGCACACGGGCCCCGUCACACGGAAACGGCUUUUCCGGAAUGUGUGUGAGUGUGUGAGUGUUUGUGAGUGUACACCACAGUAAGAGAAGAGAGACCGCAAGAGUGAAAAAGUCUCGAGCAGCAUCGACAAAUAUUUAGUUGUGGCAACGCCGCUUGCGUAUAAAUUAACAGUUCGUAAUAGUAUGUGGUCGGCGCACACACACAGGGAACACAGCCUGGAACAACACUUGCUGCAUACAUAAAUGUUUAAAGCGAUCGCAGUAGACUGAUGACGAUGCAACCCGGGGUAGGUGGUGGUGGUGCAUCGCGAUGAUGAGAUGAUGAUGAUCGUUGGCAACUAGUAAUCGCUUCCUGCUUAUGUGCUUGUAGUGUGUGUGUAUGUCGCGUAGUAGCAGGCGUUUUCAGUCACACAUUUGCCUUGUUAAUGUUUUGCGCUUUUUUUUGUGUACUUUGUCAAAUUUUUAUUGUUUGGCGCAGCUUUUCAAUGCGACAUGUAUUUCGACAGUUUUAUUAAAUACGUACAAUUUAACGCUGCGCUUUUUUUUCUCAUGUCAUGCCGCGGGUUUUGGAAUGCCGCUGGCUCUUUGUUAUUCUGCAUCUGUUGCGUGUCGCUCUCUCGCUCUAGUUUGCCUUUCGAUUAACCGCUUUAAGCCGGAAUGGUAUCGUUUAAAUAAUUGGUAGAAAAUUUUGAAUCAUGUUGAUAGGAUGGAAUUGGCUAGGCUCGGUGGCAACCGGGAAACAGGAGACCAGAAGAGCCGGUAAAGAAAUCUUUGGCUAGGCCGUGAAAUAAUCGAAUAUUUUAACCCAGUAAAUCCCAUAGCCGUUAUGGAUGUAGUGAAGUUAAAUGAAUAGUAUGCCGUUUACUACAUUGGGGCCUGCAGCGUCUUAAAUAGAGAAAAAACAACCCCCCGACGCACAUACACAUACCAAUCCAACAUAGUUCAUCAUUUUUUCUUUUACGUUCCAAAAACUUCUUCGGUAGCAGUAGCAGCGCGGCUAAGGGGUCCGUAAAGAAAAACGUGAAACAUACUACUGUGUUCAAUUGGAGCUUAAAUGCAACGGAAUGGGAAGGCGAACAUGAAAUGCGGUUUUACAGUGGGAAAAGGGCGAAAGCAAAUGGAGAAAUUCAUAUAUGAAAUAGCAUAUACACCAAGGCACAGGCGCAUCUAAAUGGUGUACUACUACAACUACUACUCCAACUACUUGUAACGGUGAAACGUAACGUAAUAGGAAUAUAACUUAACAACGCGCGUAAACCACCAUCGUUCGCGGAGUGGGGUGAGAUAAUCAAAAGAAAGGGGGAAAAACACACAUUUACAUCCAUACUCUAUUAUACACGUCGUGUGGGAGAAAAACGAAACGAAAAGAAAAACAACAAAAAUAUCAUACAUAAAAUCAUAAAGAAGAAAACACGCAUACGCAUCAUAAUACAGGCACAUGGAACGGAAAACGACAUAAGAACGUGUCGGUACGAAUGAUGUGUUGUUGUGUGAUGUUUAACUAUUUCAAACAAGCCGCAGCAAUACGGAACAAAUGCAAACAUGCUGAAACAAGUGAGAACAAAUCUCCACAAACAACACCCUCAAGCAAGCAAGCAGCGCACACAUCAUAACAGGGACACAGAGCUAUACACAUUUCGACCGACUCGUGGUUCGAUUGUUACUGUUGCCCUUGUAUGGUGUGUGGCAAAUUACACACACACAUACACACACUAUUUCAUAAUAAUAUUUUAUAUAUUUAUAACACAAUUUGUAUCUGUUUAAUCGAUUGCGCAAUUAAAAAGGCAAAAUAAAAGGAUAGAAAAAAACCGUA